CGGAAGAGAACCAUUUCUGUUGUUUUCCUGCGCGACCGAAUAUAUCUCCGUUUUUUUCGCUUUUUACAACGUUCGUGACUGCAUCUGAAACGAAAACCAGUGAGCUCUGUGUGCACUGUGUUAGUGAAAAUCCCGAAAUAUGAGUGCAAAUUAAUAGAAUUUAAAACAAUUUCCUGUGCAAAUAUAACGACAAGCGAUCGCUCAGCGAAUGAAGUGUGACAAGAAGCGUAGUGCAAGAGAAAAAGAUCCGUGUGUUGCCAAAUCUAGUGGAAAAAGUCAAGAUUCCAGAGAAGAUUUUAGCCGGUCGGUCUGGAUAGUAUCGUCCGGCUUGCAGUCUCCGCUUUCGUUUGAUCCCCAUCAUCUUUCCAUCGAUCACCAUAACGGCGCUAAGUGAUCAGUUCAGGUCAUGGUUUUUAUAAAUAACAGAGAUGAUUAUUUACCAUUCCUGAAAGUGCCAGGAGUAAGAAUGCAAACUCCUUUAGUGAACAACGUGACGACGACCACAACGACACUGAACCGCGACGUUGCAUCACAGGUGCAACAGCAACAGCAGCAACAGCAACAGCAACAACAGCAGCAGCAACAGUUGGGAAAUCUGAGCAAUAAUAACAGUACGAACAUCAACAAUAACAACAACAACACCCUCAUCAACAACAACGGCGGCAUUGGCGUGAGCAGUUCCUGCGUAAACAAUAACAUAAAUAACAAUAACAACAACAGUAUAAACAAUAAUGGCCAACCACAGGUUGCCCGGGCGCUGCUCAUCUGCCGGCCCAAUUCGCAUCCUUUCAAUAAUCGAACUCUUUACCUUGAGCCAGGAGCCCAAGCUAAGGUAGGACGAUCGGUUGCGAGGAUUCGCGUCUCGGAGAACAAUGCAAUCUUUGACUGUAAGGUGUUGUCGCGGAACCAUGCCGUGCUGUGGUACAAGGAUGGCCGUUUCUUUAUCAAGGAUACGGGCAGCAGCAAUGGCACAUUCAUCAACAACCUCCGGCUCAGCCAAUCGUGCACGGAGUCGGAACCGUACGAGAUCAGUUCGGGUGAUAUCGUGCAGUUCGGCGUGGACGUUAUGGAGAACACGCGCCGCGAAACGCACGGCUGCAUUACCGCCACGCUCAAGCUCUUUCUGCCGGACGGUCGGGAAACGAAGGCGAGCCAGAAGGUGGGCAUCGGUGGCCAAAGCACGAUCAUACCACCGGUAGACCUGUACCGAUUGAAUCAGUACAUCCAGGAGGCGAACCAGCGCGAGCAGAUUCUCGAAACGAAGCUCAUCAGCCUGCAGAAGAUGGUCGAGGCGACCAAACAAAAUUCCUUCCUCGGCUGGCAGGCGCUUAUCGACGAGGAUCGGCUACUCAGUCGGAUCGACAUGCUGGAGAAGAAGCUACAGUACUGCCAGAAGAACAUCACCGAGGACAAGCUGCGGGAGGAGCUGCUGAAGCUGCUAGACGAGAAGGAGCAGUAUCAGAACGCGGCCAAGGAGGCCAUGUACAAACUGCACCAGGAGCGGCACGAGGCCGUGCAUAAGCAGAUUUCGCUCGAGAAAGCUCUGUGCACCAGCGAGGACGAAUGUUCGCUGCUGCGGGAGCAGCUGAACAAAACCAAGCAGCAACUACAGGAAAUAACCGUCUGCAUGGAUACCCUAAAGAGUCAGUACGACGAGAAGGUUGCUUCCAGCGAGGAACAACUGAAGGCAAAGGAAUCGGAAAUCACGAGUCUCACGCACAAGCUAGAUCACUUCGUUGACGUUUAUGCGCAGAUUGGUUCAUCGGAUGAUGAACAGCAACAGCAGAUUAAUAGUUCGGCCAUGUCGAACUGGCUGAAGAACUCGGAUAUCAAAAUGUUGGAAGGAUCGGAAGAAAUAAUUAAGGCCAUCUGUAAUGACACCGAAAACGAUAUUACCAAUAGCGAUUACACUGAGGGACUGACAAAACUGCAGCGGCGCAUAAGUACAUUUGAGAAAAAUUUCGCCCUUCUUAUCGGUGGUGAUGGCAUGUCCGAGAAUGUAGAGUCGAACGAACUGGACAACGAAACUUCGGAACCAACGGCAGUAACGGGAACCGCGGUGGCAAAGCUGGCCUCCGAGGACAAUGCCGGCGAGGGCAAGGAGGAAGUUGGAGAGAAUGGGCCAGCGGUUGCCGAAAGUAUCGUCAAACAAGAAUGCGACGGCAAUCAGAAUGAUGUGAACAGCACUAGCACAACCUCAAACGUAACAGGCAGAACCGAUGGUGACGGAGAAUCGAUGGCUAUUCAGCAAGAGCUAGCACCCGUCCAUAUUGUGGGCGAUAUGAAGCCGGAGCCGGAAGUGAACAUAUUGGCCAAUGGAAACAAGGAAUCUUUAGCGAACGUUGGUGUCGGACAGCAGGCACCUCCAUAUGGUGCGGUGGAUCCGAUCAAUCAGAACGUUCUGAAACGUAACAUUCGACUGAUCAAGAACGACUGCAUGACACUGUUGCGCCAAGCAGAGCGUACGAUAGCGCAGAAACAUUCUGAGCAAGCGUCCCAGAAGGCCAAGUAUGAUGAGCUUGAAUCCGAGUUGUUGGCAUUUAAGGCGGAACUGGAGAGCCGCCCCAAGCAAUCCGAUCUCGAUCAGAAGCAAGCACUCUGCGAUAGUCUCGCGGAAACCCUUUCGACGUUGCGCAUCGAGGUGGAAGAGCUGCGUACCAUGAACGACCGUUGCCAGCAGGAGAUGGAGCGAAUGGAGCUCGAGCUGCUGAAGCAAAAGAACUUCGAGAACGAAAAGAUCAGUGCACUGGCAGCGGCCGCGGCGGCGGCGGCGUCGGCUGUGGCCGUCGAUGAGUGUAAGGUUGUGGUGGAAGCACCGAUGGUCACAGUGUCUGCAAAGCAGGAUCCGGUGGAGGAGGUUGUGCGGGAGAAAUCCUCCUCGACUCCAGAAACCGAAUCGAGGGAAAAGGAAGAGAGUGCCGCAUCGACGAAUCAACAGCAGGAGCUGCUAAUGAUGCCGACUACGCUGCUGGUUGUAACGGAGAAUGCCCCGGUAGCCGAGAUGCCCUCCCCGGUGAUGAUACCGUCGGUGCCGAUGGUGGAUGUGGAAACCCAAACCGAUGUCGAAUAUGCUGGUUCUGCAUCUUCAUUAUCCAUGACCGUAGCAACCGUUCUACCUCUUCCGAUCGAUACGAGCGACGGUGGAGACACAUCGAUCAGUUCCAAUCUGGACGACUUGGACGACGAUGACGAGGAUGAUGACGAUGAAAAGACGGAAACUAUCGACGCCAUGGCAAUCUUCAGUCCACUGGAGUUGGGGGAUACGAUGCAUGGUACAGCGAAACUUCAUCCAGGCGAGCCUGCUAGUGAAGGGAAGUUAGCUCCGAUCGUGACCACGGCUGCUUCGGUCACAAACGGUGGCGGGAAUCUCAUGCCUUUGCCGGCAGCGUUACUGGCUGGAGGCGAACAACUAUUACGCACCAUGGAUGACGCGAGUAGUGCUGCGGCGCUUAGUAUCGACCUUGAGCUAGCAAUGAUCAAUCACCCGGAUGUGCAGCGGGAAGAAGAGUUGGUCGCCUUCAAGGAAAAGUACACCCACUUGAGCGAGGAGAACGUUCGGCUAAACCAGCAGCUGCAGCGACUGAGCGGGGAGUUGAGCCAAUCACGGCACUGGUCCGCCGUACAGCUCGCCAUGUACAUCGCACCGAUCGUGGCCAUCUUCGGCUACAUUCUGCUGAACCGAACGUAAUUAACGCUUGUGCCCGUGGGUGGGAGGUGUGUGGUUGAAAACGCAAAUGCGCAGUGCAUGUGUUUGUGUUUGUUGUUGGAUUAUCCUGAAGAUGUGCAAAUCGUCUGCGAGAUGAAAACCAAGCAAAAGGAGACACAAAAUAUCUCGUUAUUUUAUAUCGCUCGGAAGGUGUUGUUUUCUUUUUUUUUUUGUUUAUAAAUACUAUUUAUUAUGAUUACACAACAAAGCCGUUGGAGAUUGAAAGGGGGCCUGCUUCCAGUUUGAAUUCUCCGGCUUUCGUAAAUCGAUUGAAGGAGUAGGAAUCACUUUUCGUUUGUCGGAAAAUGUUAACUCUUCAAAAGUGAGAAUAUCCAGCCCGCCACUCAAGACAAGCCCCUUCAAAGAAUCAAUCAUUACGAUCCACGUUUGUCCAUUUAAUCUCACAACAUGUCGUCCCCCCACUAUGUACAUUUGUGAAACGCCAAUACUGUAUUUAUUAAUGAAUAACCCUCCCGACGCUAGUUUUACCGACGCAAUUGCAUGUGAGAGAAGAACGCGAGAAAAACGUUUAGAAACUGUGAAUUAAUCGAAGGAAAUCGAGCAAGGCUUCGUGCAAGAAACCUAGAAGGGAACUGCUGGCCUGGGAAGGAUCAGACCCCUACCCCGCCCUCCAGUACCAGUGAUGAUGAGCAAUAGUGUGUGAUUGAGUGUGCAUGUAAGUGAAUGUUGGAGUGAAUGGCCUUUAUGAAUGAGUACGAGAAAGGAAAGCCUAAGGCAUUGGAAAUAUGGUUACGAGUGCAUCAGGCAUGGAUUGACUGUAAAAAAAACUAGUUUAAAAACUCACGCUUUUUUUCUCCUCCCCUCUUAUCCUCGGGAUGGCAGAGCUUUAUCUUCCUGUUUCGUUUUUUUUUUCCCCCACCAGGGACUCGAAAUUACCUCCCCCCCCCAGCGUUACAAUAACCUUCAGCUAAACGCAAUGCAACGCCUAAAAUGGACCAGCUGUUCCGUUACUAACGAUCGUCACGAGAGCAAAAACUAGAAGAUCGAAAAAGGGGGAAAACAUGGAAAGUUUCCUAUCGAAAUCUGCACGUCUUUUAGGUCGUACUACCGCUACUCAUGUGCGCACCGAACCGAACGUUGGUUAGGCUAGCUUUUAUAAGAAUCUAUAUAUGAACCUAAUCAUUGUAACGAAUAAUCCGAAUACUUGUAAUACACACGCGAUGAACAUGGCAGACGCACCAAGAGCGUUGGUAAAUCCGUUCGAAACUAACAAACUGCUGGUAUCUUUAGGGGAACGUCUUCGAAGCAUUUCGGCAUACACAAACUACACAACAUUACCCACUAAUAACUAAAACAAAA